AUGAGUGCACCGAAUGAUAAUUAUACUAUACACAAAGUCUCGCUGAAGCGUACACGACAGGCCUGUGGCCCUUGUCGACGGAAGAAGGCGCGCUGCCCUGGCGAGAAGCCAGUAUGUUCGCUGUGCCAAAGGCUCGGCCAGCGCUGCUCAUAUGGUUCGCAGGCUGCGCCGAGUCGUGCUGCCGCCAAUAGAGCUUCACCUAUCAAUGGCGAGGAACGCGGGCCAAGAGAGCCCGGAGAGGCAAACCUGUCGAGCUCGCAGCGGUUCGAGCGUAUCGAGGACAGAUUAGAUAAGAUGGCAAACAUUCUCCAGGAAUGUUUGCUGAAAGCUACUCCACUGACUGGGGUAGCGGGCGAGAAUCCGGUUUCAUCUCAUAGCUAUGGCGCUCGGGGCAUGGGAGAUUCUCCAGUAGCUUUCAGUUUCCAAAACGGGGAACGGACAUAUUCUCGAGGGUCUUCGCUUCCCCCAAACUUUGUCAAAUCCGAAGUAGAAGUUUAUCUCGCCCAUUUCCACGACCAGCCUUAUUGUGUCUUUUCGAAGGAAUGGCUUCUGAGCCGGGACUUGUCACUAUCCCCGGAAAUCGCAUUCCCGUUAGUGGCUCUUACUUCUCGUAUCUCGCGCCGCUCGCCUGGACCUACAGGAAGCGAUAUACUUCCGACGAAGUAUUACGCCAGCAAAGCCUGGGAUAUCCUGUCACAGAAGUACAAGAGCGGGAAAUUGGGUCUUUCCUUCUUACAGGGUACAUUUCUUAUGGCUCAGGUGGAUUUCGCCGACGGCCAGUCGCAUCGAGGAUAUUCGUCCGUUGCGCUGGGUCUGCGAACGAUCCAGUCUGCAGGCCUAAAUAAGGACAAAUACACAUCAUCUCUAACUAUCCCUGAAGCAGAAGAAAGAAGACGCAUCACCUGGGCUUUCUUUAUGUUGGACCGCAGUUACAAUGCAUCUCGAGACUACUCCCUGUGUCUUUCAGAUAAACACUUUACCAUUCUCUUCCCAGCACCGGACACGCCGGCCUCAUUGGCUGGCGAAGUAUCACUGGCUGGUGGGAUGCUCCAUGACGGACCCGGUAAACACGGAGAAAAGGUUGACCAUGGUAUCUUGGCCUGUCUGCUGCGGCUAUACUCGAUCUGGGGGAAAGUGACCGAGUAUGUCUUUGAGCCGUUCGACAAGGAUGCGUUACCGCCGUGGCGUUCCGGAUCAGCGCUGGCCGCUCUAGAGUCAGACUGGAUGCAGUUUGAAACUCAUUUCGCAGAUACACAUCGUUACCGAAGUGUUGACUUUCGACGCCGUGCUCGUGAAGAACCGCAUUCUCGUUCGUAUUUGUGCUCCUGGCUCUGUGUCCAGUUCUUAUUCCAUUCCGUUCAAUGUUUGCUGCACCAUCCGUUCGUGAACAUGGUGAAGCUCCGCCGGAUCGACGGAAACAUACCCGCAACAUUCCUGCAAAAGUCAUAUGAGAGCUCUCUUAUCCACUCGAGAUGGAUCGCGCGAUUUAUCCGUGAGAUGUCGGAGGUUGACAUUCGACUCUAUGACCCAUUCAUCGGCUAUCUUUGUGCCAUUGCGGCCACCAUCCAGCUUGAGAAUACCGCCAGCAAAAACCGGCAUAUCGCGCAGCUGGGGAAUAGCGAUUUCCAAAUCCUGAUUGAUUACAUGACGGACUUGUCCGCGCACUGGGAUAAUAUUGGUGUCCUAGUCAGCCGGGUGAACAAACUGGCUUCAAGACAGAAGAGUUACAAAUCUCUAUAUUAUAGCCAGGACGUAUUUUCCGGAGAGCUGUCCCGCAUGCCGACCCCGUCUAAUAUACCAAGAAUGUCGGAGGCGGAUGAAGCGCUGAUGUGGAAUAUCCUUGACUUUAGUUCGUCAUCUACGCCUACCGAGGCGAUACAGCUCGGAGACCUGGUCCCAUCACCUUAUCAGCGGAUGGGAACGAUCAGCCCAAACUUCCCAGACCAGUCCCUGAUUUCGGCAGGGCCGGACGCCGUCCCCCGUCGAAACUCAGAGCAAGGGGAUUUAACCGCUCAGCAGCCUCCUUCGCAGGGCUUAUUGACUCUCAACGGGCAGGAUGCAGGGUCGGUCGGCGUCGACCCCAUAUCACAGUGGCCCUUUUCCGAUAGAACUGAUAACGGUGGAUUUGACGCAGCAAUCCCUGGUCUGCCCGAUUGGAUGAUCUUUGGAGAUUAUGUAGCGGAGCAGCUGUGA